AUGGAAACAGCAGCAGCAGCAGCAGCAGCAGCAGCAGCAGCAGCAGCAGCAGCAGCAGCAGCAGCAGCAGCAGCAGCAGCAGCAGCAGCAGCAGCAGCAGCAGCAGCAGCAGCAGCAGCAGCAGCAGCAGCAGCAGCAGCAGCAGCAGCAGCAGCAGCAGCAGCAGCAGCAGCAGCAGCAGCAGCAGCAGCAGCAGCAGCAGCAGCAGCAGCAGCAGCAGCAGCAGCAGCAGCAGCAGCAGCAGCAGCAGCAGCAGCAGCAGCAGCAGCAGCAGCAGCAGCAGCAGCAGCAGCAGCAGCAGCAGCAGCAGCAGCAGCAGCAGCAGCAGCAGCAGCAGCAGCAGCAGCAGCAGCAGCAGCAGCAGCAGCAGCAGCAGCAGCAGCAGCAGCAGCAGCAGCAGCAGCAGCAGCAGCAGCAGCAGCAGCAGCAGCAGCAGCAGCAGCAGCAGCAGCAGCAGCAGCAGCAGCAGCAGCAGCAGCAGCAGCAGCAGCAGCAGCAGCAGCAGCAGCAGCAGCAGCAGCAGCAGCAGCAGCAGCAGCAGCAGCAGCAGCAGCAGCAGCAGCAGCAGCAGCAGCAGCAGCAGCAGCAGCAGCAGCAGCAGCAGCAGCAGCAGCAGCAGCAGCAGCAGCAGCAGCAGCAGCAGCAGCAGCAGCAGCAGCAGCAGCAGCAGCAGCAGCAGCAGCAGCAGCAGCAGCAGCAGCAGCAGCAGCAGCAGCAGCAGCAGCAGCAGCAGCAGCAGCAGCAGCAGCAGCAGCAGCAGCAGCAGCAGCAGCAGCAGCAGCAGCAGCAGCAGCAGCAGCAGCAGCAGCAGCAGCAGCAGCAGCAGCAGCAGCAGCAGCAGCAGCAGCAGCAGCAGCAGCAGCAGCAGCAGCAGCAGCAGCAGCAGCAGCAGCAGCAGCAGCAGCAGCAGCAGCAGCAGCAGCAGCAGCAGCAGCAGCAGCAGCAGCAGCAGCAGCAGCAGCAGCAGCAGCAGCAGCAGCAGCAGCAGCAGCAGCAGCAGCAGCAGCAGCAGCAGCAGCAGCAGCAGCAGCAGCAGCAGCAGCAGCAGCAGCAGCAGCAGCAGCAGCAGCAGCAGCAGCAGCAGCAGCAGCAGCAGCAGCAGCAGCAGCAGCAGCAGCAGCAGCAGCAGCAGCAGCAGCAGCAGCAGCAGCAGCAGCAGCAGCAGCAGCAGCAGCAGCAGCAGCAGCAGCAGCAGCAGCAGCAGCAGCAGCAGCAGCAGCAGCAGCAGCAGCAGCAGCAGCAGCAGCAGCAGCAGCAGCAGCAGCAGCAGCAGCAGCAGCAGCAGCAGCAGCAGCAGCAGCAGCAGCAGCAGCAGCAGCAGCAGCAGCAGCAGCAGCAGCAGCAGCAGCAGCAGCAGCAGCAGCAGCAGCAGCAGCAGCAGCAGCAGCAGCAGCAGCAGCAGCAGCAGCAGCAGCAGCAGCAGCAGCAGCAGCAGCAGCAGCAGCAGUAGCAGCAGCAGCAGCAGCAGCAGCAGCAGCAGCAGCAGCAGCAGCAGCAGCAGCAGCAGCAGCAGCAGCAGCAGCAGCAGCAGCAGCAGCAGCAGCAGCAGCAGCAGCAGCAGCAGCAGCAGCAGCAGCAGCAGCAGCAGCAGCAGCAGCAGCAGCAGCAGCAGCAGCAGCAGCAGCAGCAGCAGCAGCAGCAGCAGCAGCAGCAGCAGCAGCAGCAGCAGCAGCAGCAGCAGCAGCAGCAGCAGCAGCAGCAGCAGCAGCAGCAGCAGCAGCAGCAGCAGCAGCAGCAGCAGCAGCAGCAGCAGCAGCAGCAGCAGCAGCAGCAGCAGCAGCAGCAGCAGCAGCAGCAGCAGCAGCAGCAGCAGCAGCAGCAGCAGCAGCAGCAGCAGCAGCAGCAGCAGCAGCAGCAGCAGCAGCAGCAGCAGCAGCAGCAGCAGCAGCAGCAGCAGCAGCAGCAGCAGCAGCAGCAGCAGCAGCAGCAGCAGCAGCAGCAGCAGCAGCAGCAGCAGCAGCAGCAGCAGCAGCAGCAGCAGCAGCAGCAGCAGCAGCAGCAGCAGCAGCAGCAGCAGCAGCAGCAGCAGCAGCAGCAGCAGCAGCAGCAGCAGCAGCAGCAGCAGCAGCAGCAGCAGCAGCAGCAGCAGCAGCAGCAGCAGCAGCAGCAGCAGCAGCAGCAGCAGCAGCAGCAGCAGCAGCAGCAGCAGCAGCAGCAGCAGCAGCAGCAGCAGCAGCAGCAGCAGCAGCAGCAGCAGCAGCAGCAGCAGCAGCAGCAGCAGCAGCAGCAGCAGCAGCAGCAGCAGCAGCAGCAGCAGCAGCAGCAGCAGCAGCAGCAGCAGCAGCAGCAGCAGCAGCAGCAGCAGCAGCAGCAGCAGCAGCAGCAGCAGCAGCAGCAGCAGCAGCAGCAGCAGCAGCAGCAGCAGCAGCAGCAGCAGCAGCAGCAGCAGCAGCAGCAGCAGCAGCAGCAGCAGCAGCAGCAGCAGCAGCAGCAGCAGCAGCAGCAGCAGCAGCAGCAGCAGCAGCAGCAGCAGCAGCAGCAGCAGCAGCAGCAGCAGCAGCAGCAGCAGCAGCAGCAGCAGCAGCAGCAGCAGCAGCAGCAGCAGCAGCAGCAGCAGCAGCAGCAGCAGCAGCAGCAGCAGCAGCAGCAGCAGCAGCAGCAGCAGCAGCAGAACAAACUGAAACAUAUUUUUUAAUUAUUUUCUGUGUGGAAGCUUUAUUAAAAAUUGUUGCAUUGGGUUUUGCAUUUCAUCGUAAGGCUUAUUUAAGAAAUGUAUGGAAUAUAAUGGAUUUUAUUGUGGUAGUUACAGGUCUUUUAGCUUACAUUCUACCCAACUUAAAUCAACCAGCUGUACGUGCAUUACGUGUAUUACGACCACUUAAAUUAGUAACUGGUUUUGAAAGUUUACAAAUUGUACUCAAAUCUAUCAUUAGAGCUAUGGCUCCAUUACUUCAAAUUAGUUUAUUAGUAUUAUUUGCUAUAAUUAUAUUUGCAAUAAUUGGCUUGGAAUUCUAUUCAGGUGGAUUUCAUAUGACAUGCUUUGAUUUAUAUAAUCCAGACUACUUACCAAUUUCUUUACCAAAUCGACCAACAUUAGCACCAUGCAGUCUUUCAAACGGUUCAGCAACUAGUUCAGGUUCUUUACCGCAUGGAGCAUUUGUAUGCCCACCAAAUUAUAUAUGUAAAGGUUAUUGGGAAGGACCAAAUUAUGGCAUAACUAGUUUUGAUAAUAUUGGUUACGCUAUGCUUACUGUAUUUCAGUGUAUCACUAUGGAAGGUUGGACGGAAAUAAUGUAUUCAACAAAUGAUGCAUUUGGUGAUCGUUUCAAUUAUCUAUAUUUUGUUCCACUUAUAAUACUCGGAUCAUUUUUUAUGUUAAAUCUAGUACUUGGUGUUCUAAGUGGUGAAUUUGCCAAAGAAAGAGAACGUGUAGAAAAACGUCGUGCAUUUUUAAAAUUACGUCGGCAACAACAAACUGAAAAAGAAUUUAGUGGAUAUAUGGAUUGGAUUCAAAAAGCUGAAGAGGUAAUUUUGGCUGAAGAUACUACUACAGCAGAUGAACGGAUGCGUAUUAUAUCAGCUCGUCGAAGAGCGGCUAAACAACGACUUAAACAGACUGGUAAAGAUGCAUCAUUCAAUGACUCGAAUUUUGAGGAUUCGGUAUUAUUCGCAGAAUCUAAAUCACAUUCAUCUUAUGGUGAUCUACUAAGACGUCGAAAAGAGAGAUGUCAGGGAUGUUGGAGAAGAGAAAAACGAAUUCGGUAUGCUAUAAGGAGAAUGGUAAAAAGUCAACCAUUUUAUUGGGUUGUAAUUAUACUUGUAUUUUUGAAUACCGUAUGCGGUGCUAUUGAACAUCAUGGUCAACCAGUAUGGCUUUCCACAUUUUUAUAUUAUGCAGAAUUUGUUUUCCUCGGUUUAUUUAUCAUUGAAAUGUUAUUAAAAGUAUAUGGAUUGAAUAUACGAAUCUACUUUGAAUCUUCAUUCAAUAUCUUUGACUGUGUGGUCAUUAUAGGAAGUUUAUUUGAAAUAAUUUGGGGAUUCUUUCAUCCUGAUGCAUCAUUCGGUAUCAGUGUUUUACGUGCAUUGAGACUUUUACGAAUUUUCAAAGUAACCAGUUUCAAUUUUGAUGAAGGAAGACCAACACAAAAUUUCGAUACCUUUGUUAAAGCCUUGCUAACUGUAUUUCAAAUAUUAACUGGUGAAGAUUGGAAUACAGUUAUGUAUAAUGGGAUAAGAGCACAAGGUGGUGUUACCAGUGGUGGUGCAAUUUACAGUGUAUAUUUUGUUUUAGUUAUGGUAUUUGGAAAUUAUACACUAUUAAAUGUAUUUCUCGCUAUUGCUGUGGAUAAUUUGGCAAAUGCUCAAGAAUUGACCGAAGCUGAAGAAGAACAGGCCAAAUUACAAGAAGAAAGUCAUUUAGCUGAAGAAUCAGCUGAAAUGCGAUCCGCUACUGAUGCCAAAAAUAAUUCUAACAAUAAUAAUAAUAACAACAAUAACGGCGAUGUCAAAAAUACACAAACAGGAAAAUUGGUGAAUAAUUAUCACAAAUCUAAUAUUCAUCAUACAGAGAAUAGUUCAAAUACAAUACAAGGAAAUGCAAAUGAAAUGAAUAAAAACAGAACCGGUGUACAAAAGGACAAUUUCAUGUUUCGUCACAUGACCAAUUUAAAUUUUACAUCGCUUGAAAGUGAUGAUACAGCAAGAUUACAAGGUUCUAUACAAAUUCAAGGAAAACCUGUUCUACCGUAUAGUUCAAUGUUUAUUUUUGCACCAACUAAUGCAAUACGACGAUUUUGUCAUUUCGUAGUCAAUUUACGCUAUUUUGAUUUAUUUAUCAUGAUUGUAAUUUGUGCAAGUAGUAUUGCUUUAGCCGCUGAAGAUCCAAUCUCUGAACAGUCAAAACGUAAUACCAUAUUAGAACACUUUGAUUACGCAUUUACUGGUGUAUUCACAAUUGAAUUAAUUUUAAAAGUGAUUGAUCUAGGUGUUGUAUUACAUCCUGGUUCAUAUUUUCGUGAUACAUGGAAUAUUCUUGAUGCUAUAGUUGUAUUUUUCGCUUUAGUAGCAUUUGUAGUAAGACGAAUUGGUACAAGUACAUCAGCGAAGAAUUUGAAUACUAUAAAGUCGUUACGUGUACUACGUGUUCUUAGACCAUUGAAAACAAUCAAUCGUGUGCCAAAAUUAAAAGCUGUAUUUGAUUGUGUAAUCAGUUCACUUAAAAAUGUUUUCAAUAUUCUAAUCGUCUAUUGGCUUUUUCAAUUCAUUUUCGCCGUCAUUGCUGUUCAAUUAUUUCAGGGAAAAUUUUUCUAUUGUAAUGAUGUUUCUAAAAUGACAAGAGAUGAUUGUCAGGGCCAGUUUAUUGAUUACAAUGAUCGAGGUGAUCCAUUCCUUCAGAAUCGUACAUGGCGUACACGCGACUUCAAUUAUGAUAAUGUAAUUCAUGCAAUACUUACACUAUUCACAGUGACAACUGGUGAGGGGUGGCCAGCAGUACUUAAAAAUUCUAUUGAUUCAACAGUUGCUGAUCGUGGUCCAUCACCAGAUUUUCGUCAAGAAAUGGCUAUUUUCUAUGUGGUCUUCUUUAUUGUAUUUCCAUUCUUUUUUGUAAAUAUUUUUGUGGCACUUAUUAUUAUUACUUUUCAAAAUCAAGGUGAAAAUGAACUAAUUGAAUUAGAUUUAGAUAAAAAUCAAAAACGUUGUAUUGAUUUUGCUAUUAAUGCUCGACCAUUAUGUCGGUAUAUGCCAAAAGAUAGACAUUCAUUGAAAUAUCGAGUAUGGCGUCUUGUUGUCUCGACACCAUUUGAAUAUUACAUCAUGGUUAUGAUUGCAAUUAAUACUUUAAUUUUAAUGAUGAAGUAUCAUCGUCAAGAACAAAAGACGUAUUUUACUGCUUCCGUUGAUACUGAACAACAAGCUUAUCAUAACUAUUGUAAUACACUAUUGUAUUUCAAUUCUGCUUUCACUGUCAUGUUCUCUGUGGAAUGUAUGUUGAAAAUUAUGGCUUUUGGACCAAAAAAUUAUUUCCGUGAUCGUUGGAAUAUUUUUGAUUUUAUUACAGUUAUAGGAAGUAUUACUGAUGUAUUAGUUUCUGAAUUACAAGAAUCAGCAUUUUUGAGUUUAGGAUUUCUACGUCUUUUUCGUGCAGCACGUUUAAUUAAAUUAUUACGUCAGGGUUAUAGUAUACGUAUUAUUUUAUGGACAUUUAUUCAAUCAAUUAAAGCAUUACCAUAUGUUUGUUUACUGAUUACAAUGUUAUUUUUUAUCUACUGUAUUGUUGGUAUGCAGGUUUUUGGUAAUAUUAAAACAGAUCCACAUUCUCAAUUAAAUAAUCAUAAUAAUUUUCAAACAUUUGGAGAUGGGAUACUUUUACUAUUUAGAUGUGCAACUGGUGAAAAUUGGCAAGAAAUUAUGCUCGAUUGUGCAGCUGGUAAAGAAUGUGAAGGUUCUGGUGAAUCAUGUGGAAGCUCAUAUACAUAUUUAUAUUUUUCAACAUUUAAUUUUUUAUGCUCAUUCAUCAUGUUAAAUUUAUUUGUAGCUGUUAUUAUGGAUAAUUUUGAUUAUUUAACUAGAGAUUCUUCUAUAUUGGGUCCACAUCAUUUAGAUGAAUUUGUUCGUGUUUGGGCUGAAUAUGAUCCAGGUGCUACAGGUCUUAUUAAUCAUCGUGAUGUAUAUGAAAUGCUUAGAAACAUGGAACCACCAGUUGGAUUUGGUAAAAAUUGUCCAUAUCGUUUAGCUUAUCGAAAAUUAAUUCGAAUGAAUAUGCCAGUAGAUGAAAAUGGUUGUGUUAAUUUCACAACUACACUAUUAGCUUUAAUACGUGAAUCAUUAGGCAUUAAAACGGGACCAACUGAAAUAAUGGAUCAACGUGAUAUGGAAUUAAAAGAAACUAUUUGUAAAUUAUGGCCUGUUCAUGGAAAGAAAAUGCUUAAUUUGCUUGUACCUCCAGAUUCAGAGCUUGUCUAUCACAAAAUGACUGUUGGGAAAAUAUAUGCAAGUUAUCUUAUGAUUGAAAAUUGGAGAGCAACACGAGCCUUUCAAGGUAAAGGUGGAACUUCUAAAUCUGCUAGUAUAUUGGCACGAUUCUUUGGUGCAGUAAAACAAAAUGCUCAUCAUCCAAAUGUUAAUUCUGAAACGGAAGAUGAAAGAGGAAGCCCCGAACUCAGUGAAUUCUCAGAGAAAACAACAUCUGAAAAUAAGAAUCCAAGAAAAAGUAGAAAUUCAACUUCAGAUCACAAUGAUCCUAAUCGUCUUCUUACUCCACGAGGAUCAGAAUUCACAGAACAACCUAUGUAUCUAGCCAGUAGCCAGUUCAAAAAACAAUCUAGAAUGAAUGAAAUUGAUCAAACAAUAUCUAGUAAUAAAUCACAAUAUCUUAUUCAUGAUGAAAAUAAAACAACAACUGAGCAAUAUCAAAAACAUCCGACUUAUUGUGUUAGAAAUAAAAGAGAACAACCAUAUUCUGUUCGUAAUUCAAGAUGUUAUCAACGUCAUUCUACGUAUUUAAGAGAUAAUACUUAUCAUGAAAUACCUGAAGACUUUGAAGAAACUGACAAAAUAAGUGAAAGUAACGAAGAACUUUCAAAAAUCAAAUACCAGGGUCGUCUACCAGUGACUAGUUCAUCAGGAGGUUAUUAUGAAGAUCAACAUGAUCAGUAUUUUGACAAAUCAGAUCAUCCUCAACUGGUGCGUAAAAAUAUUGAUGAACUUUAUAAUACUGAUGAAAUAAAAUACGUACCAUAUGGGAUUCCGCAUGUAAAAGCAUUUUCUCAAAAGCCGUUAAUGUCGAGCAGAGAGUAUAGUAUUCAUUUGUCUCCAAGUAGUGAUAUAAGAAGAACUGAUGACAUUAUAACUGAUGAGCAUCAGAGUUUAGAAAAUGUGACUCCUAAAUAUAACGUAGAUUUUGUCAAGGAUGAAAGUGAAACACCGUACUAUCAGUUGCGUGAUAUGAAUCCUCCUGAUUUUUACAACCCAUCAUAUACGGAUACCAAAACAGCCGGACAUAAACGUCCUUUACAGCUUCCUCAUCAACAUUCAAUUCCUAUUUUCACAAAACAAAGAGACAUUCAAGGUGAACCAUUAUGGGGAUUAAGAAAUAUGCCACAUUUAACACGAAGUCCUAGUGUCGAAUAUACUUCAAAGUAUUCUCCUUGUCAACAGUUGUUAAGGCGGCAACCAUAUGGUUAUGAGACUCCAUCAAUUAAAAAUAGAUCUAAUCUUUAUCCGAAUCCCUGUAGUUCAAUAUUUUAUCCUAUCCCACCCCCAUCAGGUUCACACAUAUCAAAUCUCAAAGCUCAUAGAUCGUUUGACACUGAUGAAAGCUUAGGAAUAUUUCCAUAUGAAUUCACAUCCAACAUGCAUUUUCAGCCGGUGCCUCCACUGACAAAUUAUGACUGGGAGGCAAAGUAUGCUGAUAAGUUGUACAGUCACCAAAUAAAUGAAGAAUCAAUUGUUAAAAGUACAAAUAUAGGUAUUGAUCAACCUUCACAUUUUGCAUCCACUUCACAUUUUAAUGAUUUUAAAUUAAAGAAAUCUUCUAUGCAUUUUCUUACACCACAAUUAAAAAGACAUUGUAUACCGCAUACUAUUACAACACAAAUAAAAAGACCUAAAAGACAAAUUCAUGCAACUGUAAUAAAUUUUAAUAAUAAUCCUACUAUAUUUGAAUGUAAUACUACUACAACAAAUACAAUCACUACUACAAAUACUACUUGUACAAAUGUUAUUUACACAAGACCAUAUGAAUUAUCAUCAAAUAUUUCAUCUUUACCUUCUGCUGACUUUCAUGAUCUACAACAUAAACUAACUGAUUCUUCUUUUUCUUCCUCCUUAUUUCCUCAAUAUUACAAUUAUACACCAAAAACAGAUUAUCAUCCAAUACAAUAUGAUGAUGUAAUAAAUGAAAAAUCAACAUUGAAUCAACCAGAAAAUUCAUCAUCAUGUUCCAAUGAUGACGAUGAUGUGAUUUAAACAAACUAUUAUUAUUGCUAUGGUAUUCAAUAUCUGUUUUUAUAUGAUACAGUUACGUUAUAAUCAUAUGUAAUAUUUUCUUUUUGGAAAAUAUUUAAUAAUACUACCUAACAAUAAUUAUCAGUAAUGAAAUUUAACUUAUGGUUUAUGAAUUCAAAUUAGCUUCCUAUUUUUCACUUAAUCACUAAGUGAUUUGUAAUAAUAUUUUUGUGUAUAAAACAAUCAAAUAACAAUUUCAUAAUUCAUAUUCAACAAAUAAACCAAUGAAUAAAUAAACUAAAUUUAUUUAUG